AUGGGGAAGUUGUUCGGCAGCUUGUUCCAGAAGCCAGGCGACACUGUGGGAACCGAGCCGCGUGCAUCUACCUCCACCAAGAGUACCAGGAUGCGGGAUCCUACGAGCGCCAUUCGCUCAUCAGGUCUCGCCCCCUCGUCCGCAGACUCCGCCGCCACCGCCAACGCCAACAGCAACGACCAUGCCUGUGACUCGAGCGGCGCCCAUGCCCACUUCGCCGCCGCCGUUGCUGAUAGCCCUGACUCUCCAGGGUCGCUCAUCGACUCGGGCUCGAGCUCGCUGACGCAGUCGCCGUCGCCCCAGCCCAAGACCCCUACCACGGGCCAUUUUCUGCCUGGCGCUCACGCUAACUUUGCUUCUAAAUCCGUUGUUCCAGCCGCUGCCUCGGUGCUGUCGAGUACUAUUACUACCGCUAAAGCUGCUGCCCCCCAACUCUCCAUCGGCGACUUUGAUCCUUGUAUUCCCACCAACACUUCCUUCGACCUCACCGAAGAGUUCCAAAUCGUUGAUACCAACAUUCGCAUCAACAACCGCGACAUUGUCAUUCAGCCGUUCGACUCUACACCUCUUGAAGACACCAAAAUCACCAUGACUACCGGGCCAUCCCUCGACCCUUCUAUGGGCCGCCGGGACUCAUUUGUCAGCGCUGGCCCUAAGCCCAUAUCAAUGAACAAUCCCAACCGUGGUGAUAAUGCGAACCGCAAUAGAAGAGAGUCUCUUGCUGGCAGCCUUAUGGGAGGUGGCAUGAGCUGGGGAGGCAUGUCUUUUGGUAGUUUUGUUAGAGACGAUAUUAUGAUGGCAGGCACGUCGCCUUUCGGAACUCACCAGUCUCCUUCCUUUCACUCAUCCUCCUAUCUCCCCAAGUUGGAGGCCAACUUCAUGCGAGAUUUCACCUGCUGUGGCAAGAUCCUGCCUAAUCUCCACGACUUGCUGCAACAUUACGAAGAAGCCCAUACGCAACCCAGCCCGAACCCAGCCCGAAAUAACGCCUUUUCUCAAUUCUCUCAGUUGGGGCUGCCUAGCGCCCCUCGGAUGUCGAUGUCUCGAGCUGGGUCGGCAGCGCCAGGCGGCAGUUCCCUUGCAACGAACCAACUUGGACAGCAUACCCGCGGCCAACAGACGCCCCAUGAUACGCACGGAGGUUCUGCAAUUGCGUCAAACCUGAAUGAUGAGAUGGAUGCUGUCGCAGAUAUGGAAAUGGACGAUGCUGUUGGUACGAUGGAGAUGGACGAUAGCCAGCGAAUGUCCCAAACGAGACAACUUUUUGGUCAGCAGCAGAGACCCGAGCUGAAUAUGAACACCUCUGGUCUUACACAGGGCCUACGGACCUCUCAGCCACCUACUCCCGCUGCGGCUAGCUUUGGCUUACAGAACAACCCCACAGUCUCUUCCGUCAAUACACCUACUCUUACGACCCAAGGACAGGUACCACAUACUCAGCAAGUCGAUAUGGAGGAAGACCUACCAGGUAUGCCUAUGGGUGGCAACACGAACGAUAUCGGCGAUAUGAGCUUUGGCGGAAACCAGAAUAAUAGUGAUUCGAACUUUUGCAUAAACGACCCCGGCAAACACCUUUUCAGCUCCACUGGUGCUUUCCCUGCUGCCAACCGUUCCAUCCAGGCACAAUUGCAACAGCUAGGCAUUAACCAAAGCCAGUUGAACGAUCCACAGGCCAACAAGCUUCUUAUGCAGCGACUACAGAGCAUGAUGAUGCCUGAAGAGCACAAGCCGUUCAAAUGCCCAGUUAUUGGCUGCGAGAAGGCGUACAAAAAUCAGAACGGUCUGAAAUACCACAAAACUCACGGCCAUCAAACCCAACAGCUUCACGAGAAUGGAGACGGUACCUUUUCCAUCGUCAACCCAGAGACAAGUGCCCCUUACCCCGGAACAUUGGGAAUGGAGAAGGAGAAGCCUUUUAGUUGUGAAACAUGCGGCAAACGAUAUAAAAACUUGAAUGGACUGAAAUACCAUAAGGCUCAUUCCCUUCCCUGCAAUCCUGACUUCAAGCUUCAGGCUCUUGCAGCAGGUAUGAACUUGCCGGGAAUAGGAGAAGAUCAGAUGAUGCAAUAGUACAGCACGAUGACAAGACUUUGAGUGAGAGCGCUAAAGGAAGUGAAACUACUACGUUUCCGAGUGACGCCUGGGAUUCCAGAUGAAUCCAGUGCAAUCUGGUAAGAACUCUCGACUCUUUCCGGCAUACCAUAUUGAGCCUAUAUGCACUAUCAGUAUCUCUUUGUCGCCAAUACCCCUCCUAGACACUGCCUUCUGUCUUGUACCCGAACUUUUCAACAUCUUACUUCGGCGUUAACGAUCCGUAAUGAGACGGCGUCAAAUCAACCAAUGGGGAAAGGCACACCACUUUUCUAACUCUCCUAUCCAACCGCGGGCAAAAGUUCAGGGCUUGUCCCCAGUUUCUGCAACUGUUUUAUCACUUAAGAAGGACAUAUCAUGUGUUGGAAAGUCUCGUGGUUGGGUACGCGUUAGCUGGAUCCAUUGAUUCUCGAUGUCUAAUUCGACUCAGACGCCUGUGCUGAUAUGCUGGCUGGCCUGGCACGCGGAAAUGGGUAAUUUUUCUUCUUCUUUUCAUUGCUUUCUGGUAUUAUUAUUAAAAGUUGAUAAGGGGCCCUUAGACGUUAGGUUGGGAAAGAUGACAUUUGCAUAGUGCCCUGGAAAUUUGGGUGGUCUUCGGUUUUGUUUUGUUUGAGACGGCGAUGCAUGAACACAUUUGUUUUUGGCUACUACUGUUGUUCAGUUGACCAUUGUUGGUAAAGCAAUUGCCAUCAUCUUGUGCUGACAUUAUAUUAAAAGCGAGGAUGGCUGGUGUCGGUCGAACAAUGAAAAGUGAGGUUAUAGACCGGACAGCUUCGCGUGCCCUUCAAGCGAAUAGUAUUGUUUUUGAGAUUCCAGCACCAAAACUAAGAUGUGAUCGAGUACUAACUUAGUAGAAGAAAUCAAGGACAUGCUGAUGCUGCUAGUCGAUGGUUCUAAUUGCUCUUUGCUGCAAUAGUGUCUUGACCAAGUGAUUCCUUUCUCGAACAUCGGCAUCACGGCCUAUAUUGAAAUAAGAACUAUCAACCGGUUGAACUCCGUCAGACGUACUUAGUGGACACCGAAAGGUUGCCACGCUUGAUCUCUUGAAGAGGUGGGGG